AUGUCCGAAGGCAAUAUAUUAGCAUCAAAGAAGGUCGUCGUAUCGGGGGGUACGGGGUUUGUGGGCGCUGCCACAGUGCGCAGCCUGGCUGAGAAACACCCAGGCUGCGCCAUCACCAUCCUUGAUCAGAGUCCGCCUCGGGCCCAACAUGCCCUACCAGAGAAGGUGGAUUUCGUACGAGUCGAUGUCAAUUCAAUGAGUGAAGUCAGCAAGGCACUCCAAAUGAUCAAGCCGGACGUUGUCAUUCAUACUGCAGGGGUUGUUCCACAUCUUGCCGACCGGUUCGGGCGUCGACUGGAGCGCGAAGUAUGGAAGACGAAUGUCCAAGGCACAAAGAACAUGCUCGAUGCAGCCGUCGAAUCUGGCGUCGAGGCGUUCAUCUACACCAGCACCUGCUGUGUGACGACUGAUGACAUGAGGUUUCCUUAUCCCAAUAUCAACGAGGCAUGGCCAACAUCGCCAGCCUCUCUGAUAUAUGGCGAGUCUAAGGCUGCAGCAGAGGCUCUGGUCCUGCAGGCAUCCAGCAGUAAGAUGGUGACCUGCGCCCUUCGACCUUCGGUGCUCUUCGGACCCGGAGACUAUCAGCUGAUUCCAUCCAUCCACGCAUGCAUUGCCAAAUAUGAGACUUGGUUCAUUAUCGGAGAUGGAUUUAAUCUCUGGGAUGUUACCCACGUGAGCAAUGUCGCCGACGCCCAUGUCCUCGCAGCAGAAAACUUGAUGACAUCUCGCACGGCGGCGGGUGAGGCCUUCUUCAUCCAAAAUAACGAACCGAUUACAUUUCGGGAUUUCUGCCUGGCCAUCUGGGCACAUUUCGGGCAUGUUCCGUCCUUCGAGGUUCAUAUCCCGGAAGCACUGGCAUAUGUGGCAGGGUUGGUGUGUGAAUGGGCCACUUGGGCGACGAGAUCUUCCACUACUCUAAGCCGUGGCAGUGUUCGAGAUGCAUGCGCUAUGCGAUAUGCCUGCGGCGAUAAGGCCAAAUUUAUUCUGGGCUACGAGCCGCGGAUUGGCAUUGAAGAGGGCAUCCGGUUGAGCUGUGAAGUAAGCAAGGACCCGACCCUCCAUCCAGGAACCCACUCUUUCCCCUCGUUCCACUCCUCCUACUGUCUGUUUGACGUUAAGUGA